AUGGCAAUGUUCCCAAAUGGAACAAAGGGCAAUGUCCAGGCAUUCCUAAAGCCGAUUUUACCCGCAGGCUUUGAUGAAGGUUUAGUAAGCACAAAGUUAAAAAGCCAGGAUUACUCACAACCACCAGCUUUCAGAAGGUGUCUACACUGGAAGUGGAGGAUGAAUGCGGCUCUGAUUGUAUUUACCAUUGUUAGUUUUGUUUCAGCGCAGGAGACAAGGCUGAACGAUGUGAUUUCAGGGCUGCAGAAAGCAACUCUUUUCUUCGAAAAUGAGUAUGACCAUUUCACUUUGGAUGGAGUGGUAGGAUUUCGGAUGUUACAAGCUCACCUCGAAGACACAUUAAAGGGAUGGUCACUGUCAGGACCUGAAGCUGCCUCACAGUUCAAGAAGGUGAAUGAUCUCAUAAGAAGACUAGACUUCACAGCAGCAAAAGCUAUCGAAGCAGUUAAAGUGACUGACCCUGUGUAUUUUAAUGGAUUUCAAACAGUACUGCAAGUUGAUUUUUGGAGUUUUAAUCCCCAGUGGAUAAAAACAGACAUCAAACUGGUUUAUCCUGAAGUGAGGAAUACAGAGUGUUUUGGAGAGAAUAUCAGUGACCGAUGUAUGACCCAACUCCUGGGUACUUGGUAUGUCUUGUCUUUGAAUUCUACAAAUGUUCGACGUCUAGAAUGGAAAAUGAACCUAAAACACUACAAUACUUGCAUACAAUUAAAACUCUGUAAAGUUCUUACACGUCUACAAAAAGUAAAUAUUUUUAACGACUGCCUGAAUGCCCAGUUAAUGAUGAAAUGUCUUACGUUUGCAGUGAUGCUUUGUGGGCAGGCUGGAUUUUCAGAGUUUUUCAAGGCCCAAUGGCUUGACCACAUCCUGGCAUGGCAACAACCAGCUGGUUGCUUUGGGGAAUCUGUGCAAAAAUACACAAAACACAAGCGAGUGAAGAGAAGAUCAAACAAUUUGAAAGGUAAAAUAUUAAUUCUGAAAAAGUAUUUCUUGUUGUUGCUGUUAAUGGGAUAUUGGAUUACAAAACUGACUAAAUGGUGAACAUUAAUGUUUGAU